AACGGGAGCUUCUUAAGGAACGGACCAGGGAAAUUUGAGUUUGGGCAGGAUAGAUACACCCACUGGUUUGACGGCAUGGCCAUGAUGCACCGAUUCCACAUCCGUGACGGAGACGUCACCUACAGCAGUCGAUUCCUGCGGAGUGACUCGUAUGUAAGCAACUCGGAGAAGAACCGUAUCGUGAUGUCAGAGUUUGGGACGCUUGCCAUGCCCGAUCCCUGCAAGAACAUCUUUGCCCGCUUCUUCUCCCGCUUCACCAUUCCCACAGAGGCAACAGACAAUGCCAGCGUGAACUUUGUCAAGUACAAGGGAGACUAUUAUGUCAGCACAGAGACCAACUACAUGAGACGAGUAGACCCACAAAGUCUGGAAACCAAGGAGAAGGUGGAUUGGUGUCAGUACAUUGCUGUCAACGCAGCUACAGCUCAUCCUCAUUAUGAUCGUGAGGGGGCGACGUACAACAUGGGCAACUCCUAUGGCAGAAGCGGUUUCUUCUACAAUAUCAUCCGUGUGCCUGCUCCCGAGGAUAGGAAGGAGAAGGAGGACACAGCAGAUCUGACUGGAGCUCAGGUCAUCUGCUCCAUACGUGCCUCUGAAGCCAGGAAGCCGUCCUAUUAUCACAGCUUUGUCAUGUCAGAGAACUACAUCGUGUUCAUUGAGCAGCCCAUUAAGCUGGACCUCAUGAAGUUCAUGCUCUAUAGAAUUCAAGGCAAGAGUUUCCAUAAGGUUAUGACCUGGGAGCCCCAGUGCGACACAAUCUUCCACCUAGUAAACAGACACACUGGCGAGGAGAGCAAAGUGAAGUAUCGAGGAGAGCCCAUGUUCACGCUACAUCAAAUCAAUGCUUUCGAGGAGGACGGCUUCCUGGUUAUGGACAUGUGCUGCGGGGACGACGGUCAGGCCAUUGGAGAGUUUACACUGGAGAACCUUCGCAGAGAUGCAGGGGAGGGACUGGAUGAGUUUUAUAAUUCUUUAUGCAGAAACCUUCCACGAAGAUACGUUCUGCCUUUGGCUGUCACCAAUGACACUCCUCUGGACACAAACCUUGUCACUCUGCAUUACUGCACAGCUACUGCUCGCAGAACAGGACCCAGCGAGGUUUACUUAACGCAUGAGGAGCUUUAUAAUGAUGACCUACUGCAGUACGGUGGCCUUGAAUUCCCACAUAUCAACUACGACCGGUGCAAUGGCCGGGCGUACCGCUACUUCUACUCCUGUGGCUUUGGACAUGCAUUCAGUGACUCGUUGCUCAAAAUGGACGUCCAUACCAAGGAGUUAAAGGUAUGGCGUUACCCGGGUCUGUAUCCCUCUGAGCCUGUGUUUGUCGCUGCUCCGAAUGCUGCCGAGGAGGACGAGGGCGUUGUCCUGUCUGUCAUCAUCACGCCCAGAAAAGAGAAAAGCACUUUCUUGCUUGUUCUGGAUGCCAAAACCUUCACAGAGCUCGGGAGAGCAGAGGUCCCUGUCAACAUCCCUUAUGGAACCCACGGCGUGUUUAACAAGAUGGGCUAG